CUCUCUCUUUCUCUAUUUCUCACUUUUCUAUCGUCGUCUCCUGUGAUUCCGAAAAUGAAGGUGCCUGCAAUCUGAACUUUAAUCUCGCCGCCGAUCUAAAGCUCUCCGCACGUAACCUCAUAUCGUUUUCAGAGGUUGUUUUAAACAUGUCUUCAUCUUAUCUCCCUGCAACAACCGAGUCACUUGACCAGUCUCAGGAAGCCAAAACACCAUCUGAGGCAAUUGCUAUCCUUUACCGCAUUCUGGAAAAUCCUUCAUCUUCUUCAGAAGCUUUGCGUAUUAAGGAAAAAGCUAUCGCUAAUCUCACAGAUCUUCUUAAGGAAGAGAGUAGGGCAGAAGAACUCCGAAGCCUCCUGACCCAACUAAGACCCUUCUUCUCCGUGAUUCCAAAGGCAAAAACUGCUAAGAUCGUUCGCGGUAUAAUCGAUGCAGUAGCUAAAAUAGCUGGCACAACGGAGCUCCAAAUUUCUCUGUGCAAGGAAAUGGUGCAGUGGACUCGUUCAGAGAAACGAACCUUCCUUCGUCAGCGAGUGGAGGCUAGGCUGGCUUCUCUUCUGAUGGAAAGCAAAGAGUACUCUGAAGCACUGUCUCUUCUUUCGGGCUUAAUCAAGGAAGUGAGAAGAUUAGACGACAAACUUCUACUGGUGGACAUAGAAUUGCUAGAAAGCAAACUCCAUUUUUCGCUAAGGAAUCUUCCAAAAGCGAAAGCUGCACUGACUGCCGCGAGAACGGCGGCCAACGCCAUUUAUGUCCCUCCAGAUCAGCAAGGCACGAUCGAUCUUCAGAGCGGGAUUCUUCAUGCUGAGGAGAAGGAUUACAAAACUGGUUACAGUUAUUUCUUCGAAGCGUUUGAGUCUUUCAACGCCCUGGAAGAUCCUCGAGCAGUUUACAGCCUGAAAUACAUGUUGCUGUGCAAGAUCAUGGUGAAUCAGGCUGAUGAUGUGGCGGGAAUACUAUCGUCUGCUAAAGUUGGACUGCAAUAUCAAGGGGCGGAAGUGGAUGCGAUGAAGGCGGUUGCCCAGGCGUAUUCGCAACGGUCCUUGAACCUUUUCGAGAAGGGGCUUAGAGAUUUCAAGGCACAGCUGGAGGAAGACCCGAUUGUUCAUAGGCAUCUAUCUUCGUUGUACGAUACUCUUUUGGAGCAGAAUCUGUGUAGGUUGAUUGAGCCAUUCUCUAGAGUUGAAAUUAGUCAUAUUGCUGAGCUGAUUGAACUGGGGGUUGAUCAUGUGGAGAAGAAGCUGUCUCAGAUGAUCUUGGACAAGAAGUUUGCUGGGACUUUGGAUCAAGGUGCCGGUUGUCUUGUUAUAUUUGACGAUCCUAAGACUGAUGCAAUUUAUCCAGCAUCGCUCGAGACAAUUUCUAACAUCGGAAAGGUUGUCGACAGUUUGUAUGUCAGAUCUGCAAAAAUAAUGGCAUGAUGAUGAUGAUAUGGUUUUUCUUCUUCUAUUCUAUCCUAAAAUCCUAUCCAACUUUUUGUUUUAUUAUUAUUAGACUUUCAUCAAUGCUCAUCAUCAUAUCUUGUUCUGAUACAUUAAAGAAUUCAUGUUAAGAGACAUACUUUCUUUUC